CACUGCUCAGACAGCCAUUUUCAUCUUCGACUUCAGCUGUGCAAUACCGUGUGAGAAAUGGUCUGCUGUGAAGUUGUCGUUGCGCCAAGUGUUUCCCUUGCUUUGGACCGUGACUACUGCAUUAUCAGCGAUGGUGACCACUUUGGCAUGAUUACCGCCGCUCGUGUCAACCGCAUGUAUCGUCGAAUUCAGGGGGAAAGCAACCGUGGUAAGCCUUGCCUCUGUCCUAUCGGUAAGCCUGUCAAGUUCGAACCUUGGUCCAUCAUGCGGCGGUCCAUGUGUAGGAAUCAUGCCGCCCCACUCGCAGCCGAAUGGUGAUUGAGCAGUAGUAGCCUCUGGAAACGCCGGUCAGACAUAGGCGAAAAUUUUGAGUGACGCAGCUGACUCACCCGAAGUGUCGUCGUCAGUCCGUGCUAUGAGCCAACCAUGCCAAAAACGAGACACCCGCACGUGUGACAUGGUCGCCCCGAAGCACGGCAUGAAGAAUGGAUUCCUGAAGCAUCUCAAGUGCGGCUUCAGCUGUGCCGCCCCUGUGGCUCGCAGCAACUCCGCGGAAGACUUGCUGACAGGACGGUCGGCGAGAGCGCGCCAAGAACGCAGUCGCAAGCGAUCUGCCACCGACCUCAGUGCGCGAGGACUCACAAUGUGCAUCGAUAAGCCUCAGGACCGAGCCCGGGUCUCUUCUAGCCCCGAAGGGAUCACUAACGCCGAGAUGCCGCCCAAACAGAAGAACCACCGGCGUCGGCGGCGACGCGCGAAGCCCAUGUAUGCGCCGCCGACGCCCGCAGCCGUGCCGCAAAACGCUGCUGGCAUUCGCAUCGAGAGGUCCCCCACCAAACAGGACUUAAUAUUUUGCGUCGAAUCGACCAGUCCGAGCAAGAUGGACCUGAAGAAGCAAGGCGGCGACGAGGCGCCCUGCGCGUCGAAGGCUUCGCCCCCGUACGUCAACUCGGCCAUCGCCUUCAUCCUGGGCGGCAACGAUGACCUGAGCGAUACUAGCAGCGAUUGGGACGAAGUGGACGACUGUGCCGCAGGAUCGAACUUUGCGGUGGACGUCUUGAUGAUGCCGCUGUUGAACAGUUUGCUUUCAGUGUCGGCACUCUCCGACUCGUGCCCUUUGCGGCGUUGCAAUGGCGAUCAGGUGGACGGUCCGCGGCCCUCCAUGUCUCCGCUCGUGAGAAACGCCAACGAAAAGUGGAACCGAAAUUAUUACGGGGAGGACCUCUCCAGGCCGCCACGUUCAGCAAAGGUCAGCUUUCCCGUGGGCGACCAGCUCGUCGAGGUGCACAACGCGGAUGACCUGGAACGCAAGGGGCCCUGGGAGCAAAUUGCCGUGGACCGCCGUCGUUUCCAGUCUCGCAUUGCCUCCGUCGAAAGCGUGCUGGCGCCCGUGCUCUCUCUCUCGAGCACCGACAGAAGGUCUACGAAGCGAUCUGUGCAUCUGGCACCGAGUGAAGUGGCGCGCUGCCUUCAAUCUGUGCAUUCUUCUUCACAAGGAGACAAAAUUUUUUCUCGGAGUGCUGUGAACUCUGCAGACUGGUGUGUCAGUGCCACCGAACGAGAACUCUCCGAACUUCCACGCUAUUGUACUGGACUUGCUGCCAACGAAUGCAGGGUUUUCUGUGGUUCUGUUGUGCAGCUGUGGGAGCAGCUUGUAUUCAUAUUAACGCCUAGUCCUUCAGCUUGAAGAGAACUCUGCUCUUCCUGUUGCUUCAAGUGAACUACGGACUCACUGUUUGUAUGCUGUAUAUAGACCAGGGCAUGGUCCGUUUUAGCACCAUAACCCAUUCAUAGCAUUUUCGCUUUUUUAUAGCUUCACUUCAUUGCUUGGUGUUGAAUCGGCUCACUGCUCUGGCACACUAGGCCAAGGUCUUCCUUAAGCCCAGCAUCAUCUGCUAGAAGUUCAUGUGCCGCGUUCGAGGCGGCUGUGCAAGCACUGCAAGGCAGGUGGUGAGGUGGCUCGCGAGGCCUGCAACAAUGCAAAUUUGACUGUCGCUGCUCUCACCGUGCUCAGCAAAAUUAAUUGCCGAACGAACAAAGGACAAGCAAGCCAGAAUGUUGCAUAUUACAGCUGGGGUUAUGCAAAUAUCUGAAGAGACAUUGUCUUCAGCCUACCGGCGGAAUAAAAUUUUUCUUCGUACACGCAUUCCAAACCGCGCUCAAGGUUGUACAGUGAUAAAGAAGUCAUUUAUUUUCGUCUUAACUUCAGAGAAUAAUAUAUUCCCAGACUGUGUGCACUUCUGUAAGCGACAGAGUUCCGUGUAAAAGAAAUAAGGAAGUUCCAAUUUAAUUUUUGCUGUAGCGAGUUUUCGUUCGUGUAUGACAAUGCACUGCAAAGUGCUGUGCUGUAAAGUGCUUCGUGCUUACGCUGUUGUCCCUUGUGAUGUUUUCUUUAUGUUUGAAAGAUAUUAAAAAUGCAAACUGU